AUGGAAGAUCGGCUUGAGCUCGCGGUCAACACCGCACUUAGUGGCUCCAGUAACCUCAAACAAGAAGCCAUUGACUACUGUAACCUCGUCAAAAACUCACCAGAUGGCUGGAAAACAGGGCUUGCUCUUUUUGCCGAUUCAACCACUCAAAGAUCUGAUACCGCUCGUUUCUUCUCGCUCCAGAUUGUAGACGCUGCCCUUCCAAACCUUCAAGCUUCUGACUUGUCCUCAGCCAAAUCAUCUAUCUUUUCCUAUAUUUUAAAAUCUAUAGAAUCAUCAUCAUCAUCAUCAUCAUCAUCCACUUCUUCUUCUUCCUCUUCCUCUUCCUCUUCCUCUUCCUCUUCUUCAUCAAAUCCUUUUGGUGAAUCCUUCCUAAGAAAUAAACUCGCACAAACCCUUUCAUACUUGUUCAUCCUCACCUACAACACUUCCCUCUGGCCUUCCUUCUUCGAUGACUUGAUUGCUACCCUCUCCCCUCCAACUUUUGCAAACCAGCGUGCUGUCGACCUCUACCUUCGUGUCUUGCUGGCUGUCCACGCAGAAAUUGGUGACAAUCUCAUUGUCCGCGACCAAGGUACAACAAAACGUAACAACAUUCUCAAAGACCUCAUUCGUGAUCGCGCAGUCUCAAAACUCGCAGAAUCAUGGCGUCACAUUCUUCAAACUUAUAGCAAAAACAAUGAUAAAGAAUCACAAACAAUCAUUGACUCUUGCCUCAAAGUUAUUGGAGGCUGGGUCUCUUGGAUUGAUAUCACCCUUAUUGUCAAUCCAUCAUACCUCCAAACAAUCUUUUCUUUCCUUUCAAAUACCUCUCCUCAUAAAUUAACCACAUGCGAUACCCUUCUGGAAAUCAUUUCGAAAAAAAUGAAGCCUGGCGAUAAGCUAGAACUUCUCCAACUCUUAGAUUUAAAAAAUAUCAUUUCACAACUUUCAAAUAACCAGGAUCUCGAACUCGAGGAACGUCUCGCUAAACUCUCAAACGUUGUCGUCAUUGAACUCGUCCACAUUCUUGAUGGUUCAACAUCAACAGCUGCUCGUGUCCCCCUAACCCCAGAUAUUUCUCAAAAAGCAGAGGCCCUACUCAUUGACUUUAUGCCUACCAUCAUCCACUAUCUGUCAAACGAAUACGAUGAUACCUCUUCUCAAGUUUUCCCAUGUGUUGGUGAAUACCUGGUUUUUGUUCGAACAGAAUCAAAACAAGCAAAAGCUAGCGUCGAUACUUCCAAAAUGCAACGCAACAAAGAUACAGGCUACAUUGCAGAUUUCCCCCCAGACUCAACCUUCAUUUCCUCUACCCGCCGUGAAAUCCUUCAACUGUUAUUAACCAAAAUCAUUGUCAAGAUGCGUUAUGAUAAUGACGCUUCAUGGACUGGUGGAGACGACGAAAGUGAAACUGAGUUUUUGGAUAUUCGUAGUCGACUCAAGGUCCUCCAAGAUCAAAUCGCAAGCAUCGAUAUGGAUCUCUACAUUGAUGGCAUUAUUUCCAUUGUAACUACUAGCUUUGAUCCCUCUGCUGUUUCUUCUUGGCAAGAUGUUGAGCUCGGUCUCUUUGAGCUCAGCGCAUACUCAGAAUCUCUUCGCAAUGGAGCUGUCGCUGUCGUCAAAGGCGUUGAAACCCGCGCGUCUCGCACACUCUAUGAACUUUUUUUUAAAAUGAUUGAAAGCAACGUUGUUGCAAUGAACCAUCCAUCCAUCCAGCUUCACUAUAUGGAGCUUGUCAAUCGUCACAGCAUGUUUUUCUCGUCCUCAAACUCAGAUGCCCUAGCAAAAGUUUUGGAAAGCUUUGUGUCACCCCUUGGCAUCCACAAUUCUAACCGCCGUGUCCAAGUGCGGUCCUGGUACCUUUUUUUCCGCUUUGUCAAGUCGGUGCGUGGCAUUUUGCGCGCCAAUGUGGCUGAAAUGGUCUUUACUUCUAUCCAGUCCUCACUCUUGCAAAUCAAGGCCGAGGUUCCUCUUAAAGAUGAUGAAAGUGAAAUCUCUGGUACCGAGGCUUCUGGUGCCGGCUUUUUUGAUAGUCAGCUUUACCUUUUCGAGCUUUGCGGCUUACUUCUCUCUAACCACCACAAACGUGACGCUUCUAGCAAUGAUGCAUUUUCUACUGUGCUUGAUAAUAAAAAACAAUUAAUGCUUUUACGCAGUUUGUUACAACCCAUUUACAAUGAUGUGGAACAAAACUUGGGUAAGCCUGAGGAUGACACCCUGGCUGCACUCCAGGUCCAUCAUGACAUUAUGGCUAUUGGCACUUUUGCUCGUGGAUUCAACGAGGUUGGCACUGCAGCUAAUGCAAACAGUGACACGGUGCGUGGUGGAAUGGACUCGGAAGUUGCUGAAGAGUUUCGCACUGCAACACGCGUUGUCAUUACAUCACUUGAGCGUAUGGGUCGGGCCGAAGUAAUUCGUGAUGGUGCCCGGUUUGCCAUUUCACGCUUAAUUCCUGUUCUUGGCUCUACUAUUUUGAGCGAAGUCACCCGUCUCAUUUCUUGCAUGCUGGAACUUUCCAAGCUAGAAGAACUUGCCGACUUUUUGGGCUUUUUGGGACAGCUUGUUCAUAACUUUCGAGAAGAACCUGGCGUUUACGAAAUGUUUGAUACGCUCAUGGCUCCACUUUUUAGUAGAAUCACAUCGGCUUUAACCAAGGCUGAUGAGGAGGCUGUUGCAUCAGGUGGAGCCACGGACGCCAGAAUCUUGAAACGUGAGCUACGCAAGUCAUACCUGACAUUUUUGUACAACUUGUUCAACAAUGGUAUGGGCUCAAUUUUGUUUUCACCUACAAACGCACCUAAAAUCUAUGAACCUGUUUUGCAAUCACUACUCAUAUAUAGUGCAGAUGUUGAAGGUGAUAGCGGAUCAGCUAAAGUUGCUGUGUUGUGUCUUAACAAGAUGCUACAAAUCUGGGGGACUGGUGAAAAUUCUCAAGAGGGUAAACCUGUUCCUGGAUUUAAGGAAUUUACACUGCAGCACAUUUCGCGUAUUACUUGGGAAAUCCCCACGCGACCUAACUUUAAUACUCGUGAUGCUGUUAUGCGUGGACUGUUAGGAGACUUGGCAACUGUCCAGCGCGAGAUUUACGCCAAAUAUGGUGAUGUAUACAUACAAUUUCUCCAGGCUCAGUACCUUCCCUCUAUUGGACUUCCUAACGAGUACAUUUCCGAAUAUGUGCAGAACCUUCAGGGUCAAAACACAAAGCAAUUCAAGGUCUUUUAUAUUCAAAUGAUUAGUGCCUUGACUAAUAAGUAG